GAAAGGAACGGUGCAAGUGUGAAUCACCUACCUAUUCUCCUCGGUAAUUCACCCCAUGUCCGGACCCAUACCAAACAUCCCAAUCAGGAAAUCGUUCAGGAAUACAGCAAGUUUUCGAGAAAGUCGCAAGUUACUCAACAUAGCCACCGGAACGCGAUCGGCUGUUGUCGUAUAUAAGAGUGACCCUUCUCCACUUUGAGUUGUGGUGUAAGUACAACCUCCGCGGAGAACCUCAUCGCCGAGUUGGAGUAUUUAUAUAAGCAUACCGUCACCCCGCACCUCACCUCACAAUCAUUCACCAACCAUAACAACAACACCAAAGACACUUGAAAUCAGAAUCAACAAGAUAUACCAAUAAACAUGCACUUCCCAGGCCACAGCAGCAAGAAGGAGGAAUCUGCCCAAGCGGCCCUCACGAAGCUGAACUCCUGGUUCCCCACCACCAAGAACCCCGUCAUCAUCAGCGCCCCCAUGUAUCUCAUCGCCAACGGCACUCUUGCGGCCGAGGUAUCCAAGGCCGGCGGUAUUGGCUUUGUCGCCGGCGGCUCCGACUUCCGCCCCGGCUCCUCCCACCUAACCGCCCUCUCUACCGAACUCGCCUCCGCCCGCAGCCGCCUCGGUCUUACCGACCGCCCCCUCACCCCUCUCCCCGGCAUUGGCGUCGGCCUCAUUUUAACCCACACCAUCUCCGUUCCCUACGUAACCGACACCGUCCUGCCCAUCCUGAUCGAACACUCCCCGCAAGCAGUCUGGCUCUUCGCCAACGACCCGGAUUUCGAGGCCUCUUCCGAGCCUGGCGCAAAGGGAACAGCAAAGCAAAUCAUCGAGGCCCUUCACGCUUCGGGGUUCGUGGUAUUCUUUCAAGUAGGCACGGUGAAAGAUGCAAGGAAGGCGGCGGCAGAUGGGGCAGAUGUGAUUGUUGCGCAAGGGAUCGAUGCGGGAGGGCAUCAGCUUGCUACAGGGAGUGGGAUUGUGAGUUUGGUACCGGAGGUUAGGGAUAUGCUUGAUAGAGAGUUCAAGGAACGAGAGGUGGUGGUUGUGGCGGCGGGAGGUGUGGCGGAUGGGAGGGGGGUUGUAGGGGCGCUGGGUCUAGGCGCCGAGGGUGUGGUAUUGGGUACUAGGUUCACCGUAGCAGUCGAAGCUUCCACCCCCGAGUUCCGCAGGAAGGUCAUCCUCGAGACAAACGAUGGUGGUCUCAACACCGUCAAAUCCCAUUUCCACGACCAAAUCAACUGCAACACAAUCUGGCACAACGUCUACGACGGGCGAGCCGUUCGCAAUGCCUCCUACGACGACCACGCGGCCGGUGUCCCCUUUGAAGAGAAUCACAAGAAGUUCAAGGAGGCAGCGAGCUCUGGGGAUAACUCGCGGGCUGUGACUUGGUCCGGGACUGCUGUGGGUCUGAUAAAGGACCAGAGGCCGGCUGGCGAUAUUGUUAGGGAGUUGAGGGAAGAGGCCAAAGAGAGGAUCAAGAAGAUUCAGGCUUUUGCUGCUUAAGGGGGGGCCUAAGGGGUGCCGCGUGUAAUGAUGGGUGAUUGAAAACGCAUGGGUCAAUAUCGUAACUACAGAUCGCAAGCGAGUUUGGUCUUCGGUUCCUUGGUGAUCUUUGACUGUGUUCUGCCUCUUUAUUGCUCUUCGUCGUAAUGGGCACGAGGGAUGGGAAGCAAAAACAUGAUAAUUCGAAAUAAGAUAAGAAAAGGAAUUAUUGAUUUCUUAUCGAAA